GCCUACUAGGAGAGGUAAUGCGUGGUAGGCAAAGAGAGAAGACGCUUGUGAAUGUGAUUUGUGAACUCUCAAGUGUGUUAACCACACCUCCUUCGUUUCAUUUCCAUCACUCACUCCCAAUUCCAGUUCAGAACUAAACAUGGGAACGGCUUCUGUUAUUCAGAAUCCCGUUAACUAUUACCACUAUGCUAACGGCGACACAACGUUAACGUUAAGGUUUAGGGUGAAGGCUUCACUGCCACCUGCUCCACCCUCCAAGUGCUUUCCCUCUCUCUCUCUCGUCGCUUCGUACAACCGCCGCCACCAAUUUGCGAUUUCUUGCUCCAAACCGCCUGGCCCUCCGGAAGCAGGACGUAAGAGCACCACUCCGCAACCGCGUCAUGACGUCACCAACUUAGAUACGCCUCCACAACUGCACCACCAAGAUUACGCUUCCUCUGUUAGAACCGUUGCCUUUUGGGUUUGCACGGCUGUGGCGUUUGGUAUUGGUUUGGGUUUUAAGGACGGUAUUGGCAAAGCUUCUGAGUUUUUCGCUGGAUACAUGUUGGAGCAGAGUCUAUCUGUUGAUAAUCUCUUUGUCUUUGUUUUGAUAUUCAAAUACUUUAAAGUGCCAGUUAUGUAUCAGAGCCGUGUACUUUCAUAUGGUAUUGCUGGUGCUGUUUUCUUUCGUCUAACAUUAAUAGUUCUUGGAACUGCCACCCUUCAGAGGUUUGAGGCAGUUAACCUUCUUUUGGCAGCAAUAUUGAUUUAUUCAUCGUUUAAGCUAUUUGCAAGUGAAGAAGAUGAGUCUGACUUAUCAAAUAACUUUGUGGUGAAGACAUGCCAGAAAUUUAUCCCUGUAACAACAUAUUAUGAUGGAAAUAAGUUCAUAACAAAUCAGGAUGGGAUGUGGAAAGCCACACCUUUGCUUCUUACUGUAGCAGUUAUUGAGCUCAGUGACAUUGCAUUUGCAGUUGACUCAAUACCUGCAGUUUUUGGUGUAACACGGGAUCCUUUCAUAGUUUUUACAUCUAAUCUUUUUGCGAUUUUGGGCUUAAGGUCGCUUUACACGAUAAUUUCUGAGGGUAUGUCCGAGCUCGAGUACUUACAGGUAACUGUUGACUUGCUCUCUUCAGUCUUCCAUUGCUGUCGUUUUGGGAUUCAUCGGGUGUAAGAUGAUCUUGGACUACUUUGGUAUCCAUGUCUCAACAGAGGCAUCUCUUGGUUUUGUAGCCUCAAGUCUUACCAUCGGGGUGAUAUCGAGUCUGGCAAAGAAAUCCGACAAACUUACAAAGUGAAUUCAACACAGGUGGGUUGAGCUAUACACAAUUAUCUAUUCUAUGGCUUAAGCAAAUGUCCAAAAGCUAGAGCAUAACAUUGAAAUAGUGGGAAAUGCCUCCUGUUUUUCACCAUUGGCUGGAAUCUGGUUUUGAUUUCUGAACUGAGACAAAGGAUAGAGCUUUUCCAUUCCAAAAUCAUGUGUCCAUGUGAAUCAUUUUUAAUGGUUUCAUGCUCCAUGAUUUACAGUUGUAUAUUGUUUAAUGUUUAUAUAUAAAAGAUGGGGAAAUAAACCUCCACUAACCUUUCAAAUUAAAUGAAAUCUUUCUUUUUUUUUC